AUGAAUUCUCGAGAUCCUCCAAGUAAGAUAUUAUUGCUAAUCAUUUCUUACUUGCCUCCUUCAUUUCCCCUUACCAAUGAUUAUCUUUUCGAUACGUUCAAAUCCUAUGGAGAGAUCAAUAAAAUACUCAUUUUUGAGAGAGGGAAAACCAACAAAGCCUUUGUUGAAUACUUAAAUGUUAAGCAUGCAAUCCUUGCAAGAAGGAACCUGAUGGGGAAAUCAAUAAGUCCAGAAGGAGGAAAACUACUAAUUCACUUUUCUCGUCUCAAGGAGCUCAACCUCGAAGUAGUUGAUCAGACCCGUGGAACUUCAUACCAAAAUAAUGAAGUUGAGACUCAACUGUUAUUAAAUCAUGUAUCGAAAAUAAAAAUUAAGAAUAACAAAGAUAACAUCGAGAGUUAAAAAGUCCAAUCACCUCUUGUUGAUUAAAUACAUCAAAAUUAAAUGAGUGUCACCUAAGAUUUAGGAGAGUCUCCUAAUAAAACAAUAAUGGAUUCAUAAUUAAAAUAAUUAAUAUAAAUUCUGGAUGAUGACUUCAAUAGUGAAAUUGAAAAGUCUCAAUAAAUCUAAUUCAAUCACUAAUAAAUAAUAAUUGAUUAGUUAUUAUAUUAGAAGCCAUCCAAAUAUCUGAUAGUGUCCAAUAUAGAUGUUAAAAUUACAUCUAAGAUGCUGUAUAAUCUCUUUAACAGAUUUGGACAUCUUGAUAGUUUGAUUUUAAAAAAAAAAUAAUAAACAGCCAUCCUGCAGUUUACAAACUCUGAUUAAGCUACUAUAGCCAAAGAAUUACUAAACAAUGUCUAAUUUUUCAAUAAAGAAUUAAGAAUUCUGUUCCAUCAGCAAAGCGAUUUCAGAACCACAAAUGUAGAUGAAGAACUAUAUAUUGGUUCAAAAACUAAAUUCAAAACUGUUCCUAUAAGCAAAGUUUUAAUCUUUUAGGGAAUCAAAGAUAUUAUUGAAAUUUAGGAUAUGGUUAAAUUAGUUGGAAUGAUAUAGGAUAUUAGAUUGGAAUACAAUUAAGUUCAGAUGACUAUGGUAGAUAUUUAUGAAGCCUUGAAGGUUAUAUCAGUUUUCUCUGAAUAUGAAUAUAAGGGAAAUAAAGUAAAUAUAUUCUUUAAAUGA